UUUACGUUUACGUAUAUUAAUAAAUCUAUCUUUCUAAAAUGAAAUAUUUUUUGUCAUAUAAAAUGUAAUUUUUAGAUAAGAUAGGUAGAUAUGUCUAUAAGAAUUUUAUAUGCCAAAUAAUUUCCACUUCUAUAUUUAGUUUUCAGAAAACUAUUAAAUUAAAAUUAAUUUGUUGUAUUUUUAUGAUUAAAAUUUAUACAUCUCUGUGAAUUAUAUUAAUUAUCAAAUUAUUUAACACAUAUUUUAAAAUUACUUUAUAUGUUUUAAUAAAACAAUGAUAGUUUAUAUUUUGUAUGUGAAAUAAAAUUAUAAUAUGCAUGAAUAUAUAUCACUUAAAUUUUGUAUGUCACAUUUCAAAUAAUUUUUAUUUUAUUUUAUUAUAAAAUUUGGUUUGAGAAUAAUCUAGUUUUAAGAUAAUAGUAAGCUUGGUAAGUUUCAGAAGAAAAGAAUCUAACAAAAUUAAUUAUUUAAUAGUUAUUAAUUCAGUGGCGCAAGUUGUGAUUAUUAGAAUAAAUUAGGGGUUAUUUCUAAAAGGUACUUCAGUUUUAGUAGAGUAGAUAAUUUAUAUUUUGUAUCUUAGAUGAAAUAAUAAUAUGCAUGAAUGUAUAACACUUCAAUUUUUAUGUUACAUUUUAAAGAAAUUUGUUUAACUUUACAGUAAGUUUUGGUUAGAGAAUAAUCCAGUUAUAAAAUAAUCCUAAGUUUGGUAAUUGUUGGUUAGAAAAUAAUCUAACAAAAUAAAUGAUGUGCAUAAUUAAUUAAUAAGUGGCACAAUAUUAGGAUGAAUUAAGGGUUAUUUCUAAAAGAUAAUUCAUUUUUAGUAGAGUAUAUUGUAUUUAUUUUGUAUGAUAAAUGAAAUAAUAAUAUGAAUGAAUGUAUAACAAUUAAAUUAAUAUUUUUAAUUUUUAUUGUAGAAUUUGGUUAGCCAAUAAUCCAAUAAUCCAAUCAUUCCUCUUCAAGGAAAAAAAAAAGAAUAAUUCAAUUGUAGAAUUAUUGCAAGUUUGGUAAGUUUGGUGCCUCCACCGACUAUCUCCAAGACUAAGCAAAAAGUUAACCAAAAAAGACGAAACAAGGAUCAAAAACAGAAUGCUGAUACUAAAAAAGCUCGACAUAUUUUGCUUCUUAAAAUAACAAAGAAGACCUCCUCACGGAGGUUGUAAUAAAAAUGGCAUUUUUCUUUGUGUGGAAUACUUGUGGUUUCAACAAAAUGCGCAAACAUAAUGCUAUUCGUUCUGAAACUCGUCUGAGAGAAGAGAUUUGAGAAGAUAUUAUUCGCUAGACCUUUCCGGGAUGGAGUUCUGAUACAAACUAUGAUUAUCACAGUCUAGAAAGAAUCUGUUUAUUGUGGUCAUCUUCUGUAACUGCUACGAAUGUAUACAAGAGUCCACAGCUUAUCAUUACUCUUAUAACUUUACAAUCUGGGGACGAUCUGCUAGUCUCCUGCAUCUACGCUUCUAAUUUUCAAAGCGAUAUGACUCUACUUUGGGAAGAAAUCCGAUCAAUGAGAGAUAUGCUUAGUGAUGCAAAUGUUCUUUCGUCUGUGUUGGGCGAUUUCAACGAGAUAUUGGCUUCAGAUGACCACUCGCAAGGUUUGGAGCAGGUGAAAGAGCAAAGAAGAGAGCUUCAUGAAGUCAGAUGUCACUUUAGAGAAUUCGAUGCGGAAUAGCCAGUUAGAUCAACCCGAAGGUUGUUCCCGAAGAGAACAAGCGUCUGACUGUUCCCCAUCAUUAAGGAAACUUCUCAUUCUGGAAGUUUGCCCUAGAUUCCAUUCUCUUAUCUCUUUGCCACCGGCGCCUCCAUAUAAAAAGGCCGAUGCUAUCAUUUCUAUUUUUUUCACGCUAGUUUUAGAAGAGAGCUAGAACGAUUUGGAUUGAGCAACUUGUAAGGGAGAAGGCUUGAUCUCUCAUUUUCACGAGAAGAUCAUCUUGAACCCUUGUCCUUGUACUUUAUUUUAUAUGCAGUAUUAUUCAGAAACAAUGUAUGUGUCAUCUUGCUUUAUGAUUGAGUAGUCGGCUAAGCUUGCUUAGGGUUGUAGGGUGUUAGUCGCAUGAGCUGAACACAAAAAAGUGAUCUUAAUUGUUCUUCAUUCAUAUUGCUCUUACUGCUUGCAUUGAAUUGAUCACUUAAUGUUCGAUCUCUAGUUUAAUCACCUAGCUAACCGCUUAGGAGAUAAAUCGACAUAUAUUGAAUGAGCUUCAUAUCCCUAAUCAGCGAGAGUAGAUAUUAGGGUAUUAAGUGAACUAAUCGGACCAGAUCUCAAAGCUUGCUAUCGCGUCUUGUUCCAAUUGAGAGCUUAGGACUCAAGACCGAUCAGCAAAGGGAGCAAGUCCACGAUAGUGGAUUGUUCUAGCCGAGUGAUCCGAGUUCUAGACUGCACCUCAUUGCACUUGAAUAGUUGUUCGGUUCGCAUUGACACCCGAUGAAUAACCUUAAGCCGGCUUUCAUUUAAAUCCAAUUUGAAUCUCUAGGUAUUUUAGCUACUUGCGUCACCAUUAUUUUAAAACCCCACUUGUUUCCAAGCUUAAUAUUGAACUUACAAGAGUAAAGAGUAAACUGCUCCUCUGGAUUGAAUCUCAAAUAUUACAACUACCAAUGUUAACUUGACAGUAGCAAAGAUUCAUUUUUAGUGUAUCAAGUUUUGGCGCCGUUGACGGGGACUAAGCUUUUACCUUUAUUAUUCGGUUUAAUAUUUAGUCUGAGAUAUCUAACUUGAUUUUAUUUCUUUGUUGGAACAGAUGAUCCAAGUGCAUGACCAGUAGACAUUCUCGGAGCAACGCACAAGGACCACUACAUCAACUAACCAACGACGAACUCGCAAGAUUAGAAAGACAGAACCAUCAACAGCCGAGAACAACCGACACCAACAUGGGUGAUCACGGCAAUCAGGAUGACCUCACUGCUGCAUUGGCACUCAUUCAACAAGAAAUGCAGACUCAGCAACAACAGAUGUUGCAGAUGCAGCAGACCAUCCAAAAUCAGCAACAAGCUGCUCAGGAACAAGCAGCUGAGAACGCCGCGCGAGAAGAGCGUGGUGCUCUUAUUGGGGAGCGAAACCUUCCGCGGAACUUCACUACUAAUCGCUCCCCCAUCAACCAUCCUCCUUGUACUCGGCAAGAUUAUGAGAUCAAACCUGCACUGAUAAGUCUGGUACAGAAGAGCACGUUCAGCGGCCUCACUACGGACAUCCCAAUGGACCACAUAGAGGCCUUUGAGAGAAUCUGCAAUUUCUCUCGCUCUAACGGAGUGCCACCAGAUUAUGUCAAAUGCAUGCUGUUCCCAUUCUCUCUUGAAGGGAAAGCUUCUCGCUGGCUCCAAUCUCUCCCGGCCGGUUCUCUUACUUCAAGGGACCAGGUUCGAUCAGCGUUCCUGAGCCACUUCUACACGAAGUCCAAAACCGCGGCUCUACGACACAGAAUCUCCAAUUUCAAGCAGAAGUCUUAUGAACCUUUUCAUGAAGCUUGGGAAAGGUACAAGGAGUACCAGAGAGAGUGCACGCACCAAGGGUUUGACGAUGACUAUAUAUUGGAGGUGUUCUAUGAUGGAGUGAGCUAUUAGUUCCGAAACACCGUUGACUCUUCGAGUAAUGGAGACUUCAUGACUCAAACCACACCUGGUGCGUUCGAGCUGAUUCAGAACAUGGCUUCAAGUUCAUUGAACAAGAACAAGGAGCAUGACCGCUCGAAGAGUGUGAACAUCAUAGAUGAUCUCGCUGCGAAGGUGGACCAACUGCUUAAGGGAAACCAAAGCCAAGUGUUCAUAAUGGAAGAAGCAACUCCUGGGAAGAGUGCCGGUGACCUGGCGUUUGAGGCUGAAAUAUCAGGAGACGAUCAGCAAGAGGUGAGCUACGUGAAUGGGCAAGGAUGGCAGCUCAAAAACUAUCACCCAAACCCUAACAUGCGGAACAACCAACAGCUUUUCUGGCCUAAGCAAGACAAACCAGUUGAUCCUGCACAGAGUAACCAAGGUCAGUAUGCUGGGUGUCAAAAGAACUACCAACCCCAGACCAAUGUUCUAAGCCAACCGCAGAGCAACCCACCUCAGAUGCAGAAACACCAGAAUACUUAACCAUCUACCUCCGCUCCUCUCGCUGUUCCGCAAGAUGAGACAAAGGCUAUGUUGCAGCAGCUGCUCCAAGAACAACAGCUCCAGGGGAAGGCUCUAAACCAGGUUACUACCGAGAUCAAUACCAGAAUGAACCAUCUGUUCAGAGAUUUGAGCACCAAGUACGACAAUGUCGCGAGCCAUAUGAGACAGAUGGACAUUCAGAUUGCUCAGACUCCUGAGAGCGUCAAGAGGCAGCAAGGUACUCUACCUGGUAAAACCGACAAAAACCCUAAGGAGUGCAAUGCGGUUGAGUUGAGAAGUGGAAAGAAACUGUCUGAGCCGGUAAAGAAGAGGUUCACUGCGGCUGAGAAGGGUAAGCAGAAAGAGUCGGAACAACCACCAGCCGAUACCCUGGCAUCUGAGAAGGAGACAAAACCAACAGUUGAAACCAAUUUGCCAGGACCAGAACAACCAGCUGAAGCUGUUCGCCCGAUCCCAGAGGCUGUUCCUCCUCGCGAAUACACUCCUAAAGUCCCUUACCCUGUUCCAGCAAAGGCUACUCGUAAGGACCGAGAGGAGAUGAAGUGCAGAAAGAUGCUGGAGGACCUAACCAUCCGACUCCCCUUGAUAGAUGCGAUCCAGAUGAUGCCCUCCAUGCACAGCUUUAUGAAGGGAUUGAUCUCAGGAAAAAUAUCAGAGGAGAGCGAAUUCAUGACUGUAUCCAAGGAGUGCAGUGCAGUACUUCAGAACAGGCAGAUAAAGAAGCGAGGAGACCCUGGCAAGUUCGUCCUCUCUAUCCAGAUUGGGAAGACAGUUUUCGCAUGCUCUUUGGUUGAUCUUGGAUCCAGCGUAAACCUCAUGCCCUACUCUGUAGCACGACGUCUAGGAUACAUGCAUUUCAAACCAACUAAGAUGUCCUUGGUGUUCGCGGGUAGAUCAGUCAAGUCCCCGGUUCGUAUUCUAGAGGAUCUCCAAGUAAUAGUCGGGAACUUCCCUUGUCCCAGCAGACUUCGUAGUUCUAGAACUGGAAGAGGAAUCUAAAGAUCCUCUCAUCUUAGGAAGACCAUUCCUAUGUACUGUUGGAGCCAUCAUUGAUGUGCGACAAGGGAAGAUUGAUCUAAAUCUGGGGGACAUAGUCAUGCAGUUUGAUAUUACGUGUAUACGCACACCAAUUAACCUAAUGUGCACACUACCACAAUCGAAUGGUAUGUCGAUGUAGAACUUUAGGAUCGAAUCCACAGAGACCAACGAUUACACUUUAUCUUUAAGGGAUCAUUGCUUAGCUAAAACAAUGAUGGGGUUUUGAGAUUAAGGUUUCGUAACAAGCAAGUAAUAAGAUUAAUUAAAGGUUUUCAGAUGAUUAAAAUGCUAGCCUAGGGUGGUUUGGUCGGGUGUUAAGCAAGUGUGAGCCAAACAAUUAUUCAAGUUUGA